CAUCCGGGGCAGGAAGUGAAUGAAAGUUGCUUGCACGCUGAUGAAAUUGUCUCACAACAUUACGCAAUCAUUUUGAGCUGGAAUGUCUAAACUAUUAUCUGUCAACAAAACAGUUUUCAAAUGUUUGAAAACGUUUCAAGACUGCUCGGCACGAGGGUUUAGCACUGGAGCUACUUCCCUUGGUUCUGUUAAUUUAAAGGGUCGUAGCUGUCUCACCCUGAAAGACUUCAGCUCAGAUGAAAUCAAGAGAAUGUUGUGGGUGUCUGGGGAUCUAAAACAUCGGAUCAAGCAUGGAAAACAGUAUCUUCCUCUUCUGCAAGGAAAGUCGAUUGCUAUGAUAUUUGAGAAGAGGAGCACCAGAACAAGAAUGUCCACAGAAACUGGUUUUGCUUUGCUGGGUGGGCACCCCUGUUUCCUCACCUCUCAGGACAUCCACCUGGGAGUGAAUGAGAGUUGCACGGACACAGCUAGGGUUCUCUCAGGACUCUGUGAUAUUGUCUUGGCACGAGUUUACAGCCACUCCACACUGGAGGAGCUGGAUAAGGAAGCCUCCAUCCCCAUCAUUAAUGGCCUGUCUGACCUCUACCACCCAAUCCAGAUUCUGGCUGACUUCCUCACCUUACAGGAGCAUUAUGGGUCCCUUAGUGGACUAACAGUGAGCUGGAUUGGAGAUGGGAACAACGUCCUCCACUCCUUCAUGAUGACUGCGGCCAAAUUGGGAGUUCAUCUUAAGAUUGCUACACCAAAGGGGUAUGAGCCAGAAAGGAGUGUUAUUCAAGAGGCACAAAGACUCUCCAAAGAGCACGGCACCCAGCUUGUUCUGACCUCUGACCCGAUGGAGGCUGCUCACGGCAGUAAUGUUUUGGUCACUGACACUUGGGUCAGCAUGGGACAGGAGGAGGAGAAGAAAAAGCGGCUCAAAGCCUUUGAAGGUUACCAGAUUACAAUGCAGACAGGAAGUGUUGCCAAACCAGACUGGACCUUCCUGCACUGUCUCCCCCGAAAAAUGGAGGAGGUUGAUGACCAGGUAUUUUAUUCGUCCCGCUCCCUCGUCUUCCCUGAGGCAGAGAAUAGAAAGUGGACAAUCAUGGGUCUGAUGGUUUCUCUUCUGACUGACUACACUCCACAGAUCCCCAUGCUCAAAUUUUAACUCCAGGUCUUAAGGUGGACUUGUGUGUCAUGCUGUAAUGACAGCUGAUACAUAGUUCAAUGUCACAUUUCACCCACUGAUAGCACCAUCACAACACUAGUUACCUCAAAGUAAUUGUGUUGGCUUUGUUUAAUUCACUUUCUGAUUUAGGGCAUAGAUGGCAUUGUUUGCUUUGUCUCACUGUUCAAUCGGAGAUUAUUGCUGUGCAGUCAUUAAUAACCAAAGCUAUCUGUUAACGUUCUACAUGUACUGUGAGAGGAUUGUAUGAAGUUUAGUGGAAAUGUCGAACGUGUUACUGAAAAGUAAAAGAUUACUGAGCAUUUCUUCAA